CGGGGCCUCGGCCGAGCGUGGGGAAUAUAAAGCCAAGAGCACGCUUGCAAGGAAGCAGCUGAGAAGCUCAGAGCGCCUUCUGGGUAAAAGAGCAGAGAGACUAAAUCGUGCUUGUUCUCUAAGCAGCAGCAGCAGCCGGCGAUUUCUCCUUGGUUUGUGUUGCUUGGUGUGUCUGUAGCUGAGCCAUGGAGACCAUGCAGGAACUGAUCCCCUUCGCCAAAGAGAUGCUGAGCCAGAAGCCCAAUGGAAAGAUGGUCAAGCUGUACAUGCUGGGGAGCAUGCUGGCUUUCUUCGGAGUGGUCAUUGGCCUGGUGGAAACGGUCUGCAGCCCUUUCACUUCUGAAGAGAGGGACGAGGAAGAGAAGGCGAAGAGACCUGCUGCCUCCUUGACAAAAGAGGAGGUGGCUCCUCAAAAACAGGAGGAGGUUGUGUUGGAAAAGAGCAAACAGGCACUAGCCAUGAGGAAUUCAGUGAACAGGCAGCAUGCCUCAUAAGACAAGUGUGUGAACUUGUGUCCAGCAGUGCCCAGAACACUUGUUGCUUGCUCUUGUCCCUGAGGACCAGAUUUCCAGGAGAUAAGGCUAGAGAACAGUACUUGUGGGAGAGACUGCAAAUGCAAAAGGACUCUAUGAACAAGGUUUUAUUUUGCUGCCAUGCAGCAGUCAAAGUGCACAUGGUUGACCUCUAUGUACCUGUUCUGUUGGUAUGAACCUGUGACGCUUGUAGCAUCUCUUACCUACCUAUGUGGGUACCUAUGUGGGGUUAUUUUUGUAAUUAUAUAAUACAUGUGUUUUACAUACAUUUGCAUUAUAAAUAAACUAUUUUAUACCUGACACAAA